AUGUCCCAGCGGGCUACGCAGGGCGAAACGGUCACAGGCGAGCAAGAGCUCAGGGAAGCUAACGCAGACAAUUACCAACCUUUGAAUCUUCAACUCGAUACUGGCGAUGAGUAUACAAACUUUCGUCAAAAAUGGUGGCAGUUGUGGUUACCUAAGGACCCACCAAUUCCAGCCCCCCCAUCUCUGGAGGAUGCAGCGCUGACGCCCUUGGCCAAUGCUUCCAUUUUCUCUCAACUCACUUACGCCUGGAUAACAGGUAUAAUGGUCCUUGGAUAUCAGCGCACAUUGCAAGCGUCUGAUCUCUACAAAUUGGGCGCACCCCGAGAGUCAGCUGUCCUUGCCGCCAAACUGGAGGCUGCAUGGCAGCGACGUGUUAAGGCAGCAGUCGACUGGAAUGCACGUCUUGAGAGUGAAGAACUCAAGCCGUCCUUCGUGAAACGUACCGGCUGGGCGUUACGCGCGAUUUUCAGGCAAGAACAGAAUCAAGGCGCGACUUGGUCUGAGCGGUGUGUUGCGUUUCAGAAACAUUGGCGAGAAUCCGAAGGACGGAAAGAGGCCAGCCUUACAUGGGCUUUGAAUGAUGUCUUUGGUAGUAUGUUCUGGAUCGGAGGUAUAUUCAAGGCAUGGGUCUUUGGUGAUACAGCACAACUCAUGAGCCCGAUUGUCCUUCGGCAAAUCAUUGUCUUUGCGGAGGAGCGUUCCGCCGCAAUUAUUGCCGGAGAACCUGUCCCCAAUGUCGGCCGCGGUAUCGCCAUGGCUCUUGGGCUCUUCGCGCUUGCUGUGACAGCGAGUAUAUGCACUCACCAGUUCUUUUGGCGGUCAAUGACAACAGGCGUACUGGCUAGAGCCGCACUGAUAGCAUGUAUCUACGAGCGUGGAGUGAACCUCACAGGCAAAGCGCGUGUCAAACUCAACAACGCCGCACUUAUUAACCAUAUUUCCACGGACGUGAGCAGGAUUGAUGCGUGCGCUCAGUGGUUUCUUGAACCUCUCGCCACUAGCAUGCAGGCGAGCUGGACUGUGCCUAUCCAGGUCACAGUUUGUCUAAUCAUUCUUCUGAACGAGCUCGGACCGUCUGCACUCGCCGGUUUUUCGCUAUUCGUCCUCAUCAUACCAAUUCAAGAGCGGUUAAUGACACUGCAGCAUCGUGUUCGCUUGGGGUCAAUGAAGUGGACUGAUCAACGAGCCAAAGUCCUACUAGAGGUACUCGGGGCCAUGCGCGUGGUGAAGUACUUCUCGUACGAGGUUCCCUUCCUUCAGAGGAUCUUCGAGCUUCGAAAGAAGGAACUGCAUGGUAUCCGACGGAUUCUUCACUCAAGUUCGGCGAACUUGGCGCUCGCUACUUCGCUCCCAGUUCUCGCUGCUACACUAGCUUUCGUCACGUACACCCUUACAGCGCACAACUUCAAUGUUGCCGUCAUAUUCACCUCGCUGAAUCUGUUCCAGCUUCUCCGGCAACCAAUGAUGUGGAUGCCCCGCGCUCUAUCAGCCAUCCCCGAUGCAUCCAGCGCGAUCCAGCGGCUCACGCACGUAUUUCGCGCAGAGCUUAAUUCCGGAGAUGCACUCGUGAUCGACGAGGAUCAAGAACCCGCGCUUCUGGUGAAGGACGCGACGUUCGAGUGGGAGUCCUUCGAGAAAGACUCUAGUGAAAAUUUCAGCUCGAAGAAGGGCGCACGCAGCGGCAGCGGUCCACUGAAGAGCAAGGAUAAGAGUGCGCAGGAGGACAAGGCAACAGAGAAACCCGCUCCUGGAAGAGAUGUACCGCUCUUUAGGGUCAAGAAUGUAACCAUGACAAUUCCACGAGGUCAGCUAGUCGCCGUAGUCGGGCGUGUCGGAAGUGGCAAGUCCAGCUUGUUACAAGGAUUGAUAGGGGAGAUGAGGAAAGUCUCCGGGAAUGUCUCGUUUGGCGGUCGCGUUGGUUAUUGCCCGCAGACUGCGUGGAUCCAGAAUGCAACCUUGCGUGAUAACAUCAUUUUUGGCCGGCCAUUCGAGGAAGAUAGAUAUUGGCGUGUUCUUGAGACCGCUUGUCUACUUCCAGAUCUUCAACUGCUCCCUGAUGGGGAUUUGACUGAGGCAAGAUCGGAGAAAAAGGUUAACAUUGCUCGUGUCCUGUACUUUGAUCCUAACAUUGUCAUAUUUGAUGACCCGCUCUCGGCAGUGGAUGCUCACGUCGGGAAGUCCUUAUUCCAAGAUGCCAUUGUGGGAGCCCUGCGCAAUCGCGGUGUCACCGUCAUUCUGGUCACGCACGCGAUCCACUUCCUGUCUCAAGUAGACCGCAUCUAUACGCUAAACAACGGCGUCAUCACAGAGAGCGGAACCUACGAUGAAUUGAUCUCCCGCGGUGGGGACUUUGCGCGUUUGGACCUGGAAUUCGGCGGUCACGCGUCCGAGGGGAAAGAUGAAGACCAGGCAGAAGAAAUCACUUCGCAGACAGUUGUUACCAUCGAAGAUGUCAAGUUGAAGUCAAAAAAAGCCAGAGAAAAGGCCACUGGAAGUGGUAUACUUGAAGGUCGCUUGAUCGUCAAAGAGAAGCGUUCGACUGGUUCUGUGUCUUGGGGAGUGUACUGGACCUACUUGGUUGCGGCACGCGGUUCGAUAACAGGACCUCUGGUUGUUUUCUUCAUGCUCGCGAUGCAGGGAAGCCAGAUCUUGAACGCAUACACGCUAGUUUGGUGGGAGGGCAACAAAUUAGACCGACCAAUUUCGUUCUAUCAGACGCUAUAUGGUUGUCUCGGGGUCUCUCAAGCGAUCUUCGCAUUCUUGAUCUGUGCUGGAAUGGACUUCAUGGCCUUUCAUGUGUCCCAAAACCUGCACCACAAGUCCGUGCGCAACGUCUUUUAUGCUCGCAUGUCCUUUUUUGAUACUACACCUAUGGGCCGCAUUCUGAGCAUUUUUGGCAAAGAUAUCGACAGUGUAGACAAUCAAUUAGCAUUUGCAAUGAGAUUGCUUGUCCUUACGCUGACCAACUACAUUGGCUCUAUUAUCAUCAUUGCUUUCCUUGAACCCUACUUUAUUAUUGCUGUUUUUUUCAUCUUGAUCGGUUACAGCUACUUCGCUGCCUUUCAUCGAGCUAGUGCUCGCGAGGUCAAGCGCCUGGAUUCUAUGCUUCGCUCUCUUCUGUAUGCACACUUUUCUGAGACUUUGACAGGACUUCCUACCAUCCGAAGCUACGGAGAAAUGAAGCGGUUCAUUGCCGCCAAUAGAUACUACAUCGAUCUGGAGGAUAGAGCUCUAUACAUCGUUGUUACCAACCAGAGGCAAGCGAUCUUAUACCUAUAUCGUGGCCGUCGUUGGCUCAUCACCUUCCCUCAGAUGGCUUGCGAUAAGGUUGGACUUCAUGGGAGGCAUGUUGCUCUCCUAGCAGUUAUCGACGUCUCCGGGAUUGACGCCGCCCAGAUAGGGUUGGUACUCACAUAUACCACCAUGCUGUCACAAAUGUGUCGUCAGGUGACCAGACAGACGGCGGACGUCGAGAAUUGCAUGAAUUCAGUGGAACGAUUGGUACAAUACGUCGAAGGAGACGCAAUCCCUCAAGAGGCGCCGCAUGAGAUCGAAGAACGCAAACCCCCAGCGCGGUGGCCUGAAUAUGGCGCUGUCGAAUUUAAUGACGUUAAGAUGGCAUAUCGACUAGGUCUUCCCAACGUAUUGAGAGGUGUCUCGGUCAAGGUCAGGGGAGGCGAAAAGAUAGGUGUGGUUGGAAGGACUGGUGCCGGAAAAUCUUCGUUGAUGCUUGCGCUGUUCCGAAUUGUCGAGUUGUCUGGUGGUUCGAUCACUAUCGAUGGUGUCGAUAUAUCUACAAUCGGUCUAAAAGACCUCCGCUCCAAGAUAUCUAUCAUCCCGCAAGAUCCUCUUCUUUUUAGUGGGACCGUGCGGUCCAACCUGGAUCCAUUCUCCCAGCACGGUGACGCGGAGCUAUGGGAUGCGCUGCAUCGAUCUUGUCUUGUUGAUUCUAGUACCACUUCGAAACAUGCAUCUUCCAGCGAUGGCACCAGGCGCGUGCGAACUUCUACCAGUCGCCAUAACCUUGACAACACUAUCGAGAGCGAGGGAGCGAACCUCAGUGUUGGGGAGAGAUCACUGCUCAGUCUAGCUCGUGCGCUGGUGAAAGACUGCAAAGUCGUUGUGCUUGAUGAGGCCACAGCCUCUGUUGAUCUCGAGACUGAUAACAAGAUACAGCACACUAUCCAAAUGGAAUUCAAGGCCCAUACGCUACUUUGUAUCGCUCACCGACUUCGAACUAUCAUUUCAUACGACCGAAUUCUGGUCCUCGACGCUGGCCUCGUUGCAGAAUUCGACACUCCAUCUAAUCUUUUCAGAUUAGAAGGCGGACUUUUCCGUGGAAUGUGCGAGAGGAGUAAUAUUUCCUUGAAAGAUAUAGAGAGGAAAGAUGACUAUAAGGUCAAGCCGACACUGGAAGAAGGGGAAAUUUAUCGACCGGAUAUCCUUGCGGUAGUAGAUACUGCCAUCGAUCGUCUCAGCAGCGAUCUACGAGAACUGAACCUCGAUAUUCACGAUCAUCCAGAGAUCAAAUAUGAAGAAAGAUACGCGCACGAUGCGUACACGUCUUUCCUAGAGAAGCAUGGAUUCGAAGUCACGAGGCACUACCUCCUGGAGACUGCGUGGGUCGCGACCUACACCCACGGGCAGGGCGGACACGUUCUAGGAGUGAACUCAGAGAUGGAUGCGCUGCCGGGCAUCGGACAUGCGUGUGGCCACAAUCUCAUUGGCGUCGCAGGUGUUGCUGUCGCCUGUGCGGCGAAAGCAGCGAUGGAGCAGCUCGACAUCGACGGGAAGGUGGUUUUGCUUGGUACACCUGCUGAGGAAGGCGGAUUUGGAAAGGUGAAGCUGUGGGAGAGGGGAGCAUACAAAGAUAUGGACGCGUGUCUCAUGUGCCACCCUGCCCCUGGUCCCCUUCACUCCAUCAGUUUGAGCAGCUGUCUUGCAGUCAUACGCCUGGAGGUAGAAUACUCAGGCCACACUGCGCAUGCCGCACUUAGCCCCUGGGAAGGAAAGAAUGCGCUGGAUGCAGCUGUGCUGGCAUAUACGAACAUCGCUUUGCUGCGCCAGCAGAUUAAACCUACGCACCGCGUGCAUGGAAUUUUUGAGGGCUCGAAUUGGGCACCGAAUAUUAUCCCAGAUAGCUCAAAGAUGUACUAUUAUAUCCGUGCACCAACGACUGUUGAAGCGGAAGAGACGCUCAAGCGUGUUGUUCCCUGUUUCGAAGCAGCAGCGCUUGCAACCGGAACGAAAGUCAAGGUCAUCAGAGGGUCUACUGGGAACGAGCUUGUACAGAACAAAGUCCUUGGCGACGAGCUGUCUGAUGUGGUCAGGAAGAAGUACGGCGUCAUUCGACUACGAAUAUGGGAUCGGCGGUGCAUCGACUGA